ACUUUAGGGCUGACUUGAAUAAUGUUAUUAACUCAGUGACUUGACUCACUCAUAAUUGCUACAUCAUCAUCUACAACUUUCUCGAAUCUUCACAAACAUUUUAUAUAAGAGAGAGAGAUAGAGGAGGAAACUACACAUCCCGGCCGAGUACAGAUACAUAACUGUGACCCCUAGAGACGCUAUACGGCUGAUGGACCUGGUGAAGAGCACAGUACUGUAAUAUAUUUAUAAGAAGAAAGAGCGUGGUUGUGGUGAUGGCAUCAACGGGGAUAUCCGUCAAGAGAGACCAUUAUGAGCGAGAAGAAGGACGCGCCAUGAACGGGGAUGAGGACGCCGGCUACCAGGUGGAGCUGUUUGUUUACGACCUGAGCCGCGGCCUGGCCAAGACCAUGUCCCCAGCCUUCCUAGGGAAGCAGAUUGAAGGUAUCUGGCACACUGGCGUCGUGGCCUACGGGAGGGAGUACUUCUUCGGCUCUGGCGGUAUAGAGUCUUGCCGACCGGGAGGGACCAUCCUGGGCGACCCAGACCGUGUUGAGGACCUGGGACAGUCACAAGUGCCAUACCAACUCUUCCUUGAGUAUAUAUUUGGCCUCGGCGAGGGUACCUACAAACCCGGUGCAUACGACUUAUUCAAGCAUAACUGCAACAACUUCAGUGACGAAGUGUCUCAGUUCCUGUGUGGCCACGGGAUACCCAAACACAUCCUCCAGCUUCCAGAUGAAGUCCUCAACACUGCGGUCGGAGAGAAUCUUAAAACAGUUUUAAAGGACCUGGAUAUAAAGUGUACUGGCUCCAGAAAAGUCAACUUUGCAAACUUCAACAACAACUUGCAGAGUUACAUCCCAACAGAAGUUACAUCAAGAAGGCACGACGACGAACGUGAGUUGGAAGAACUUAACAACGCCAUCGACCAAGUCAGACUACAGGGAAUUAAACUCGAGGAUCGCAGAAACUCAAUAAACGAAAAAGUUAUCAGAAAAGAGAAGAAAAAGAAAGACAGGAAAGAAAAGAAAGAGAAAAAAGAGAAAAAGGAAAAAAAAAAGAAAUCCAAAUCUUCCAGCGGAGAAAAUUUAGAAGAUAGUAAAAGGAAAAGGCAGAGUAUUGUGGAGACUAUAGAACAGCAACAAAACUCUCCGUCUUGCUCAGGUCUCCAGUCUGCGACACACUCUCGGCACAACUCUGAGGGCGAGAGUCCACCCCAGAUCUUAUCAGACCCACUUCAGGAGGUAACACAGUCUCUCGCUGACUUCAACCCAAGUUUAGCAUCUGUAGAGAACUCGAGUAGUGGAGAGAUCGUAUCGACAGAACCCGAGCCAUUUGAGCGCCUGCCGUCCCCAACCAGCAGAGGAACAACACCCCCGCCACAGGACAGAUUGUCGGUAACAGAAACAACAACAGAAGCAGCUGCAGAGAUAGCAACAGAAACAGCAACAGAGACAGCAACAGAAACAGCAACAGAAACAGCAACAGAAACAGAAACAGAAACAGUAGCAACAACAGAAUCUAACACGAUGGCAGACUCUACACCUGAAGUGCUGCCCGAAGAAGUCACACCCGCACCUCCCGAGGGAUCCGAUGCCCCGGACAGAGACUCUCCUCCUGUACAGCCUGAGCCAGAGGUUGAACGUGAACCUCCCAUUGUCUUCAAAGAUGAACUGGAUGCUCACGUCGAGUUUGAUGGACUGGUGGCUGCCUGUGCACACCUCCUGUCCCCAGAAGAACAGGGACAUAUGGAGGAAUUGAGAGCAUAUGUUGUUGAAGAUGAAGGUUCAUGGGCGCUUGGUGAAAACUUCAGUAUCCUGUUUGCCCGGGUGCUUCAUGAUCCCACCAUCCCAGAUGAGGCUCGUUUACACCUUGUUCGCAUCAUGGCUGCUGCUGCCCUCAAGGAUGAUGUCAUCCUCCUUCUUCACCAGGAUCGCCGUGACCACACCAUCAUGAAUUAUGCCAACAAGGUUGAAGGUCUUGCACCUGCACAUCAGGAAUCUCUUGCUUUGUUUUUCUGUAAUAUGUUUGAGCACCCGAGUCCUUCAGAGUGGCUGCUGUACAUCAGUGAGUGGCAUGACGGAAAUCAGCAAGCCAGCAACAUCCGUGUUACUACAAAGGUGGCAGUCAAUGCCCUCCUUCAUUCCAAUGCUAAGGUGCAAGAGUAUGGAUCAGCCAUUAUGUACAACCUGGGAACUAAAGAGGUGAAGACAGUUGUGUUUGAUGAUGUUGCCCCUGAGCUGGCCAUGGCAAUCCUUCAGUUCUUCAACAGUCACCCUCCAGAGGAGCUCUUGUGGCGUACAAUGACUGCUCUCUGCAGAUUCUGCUACUCCUCUACUGAGGUGCCAGCCCUUAUCAAGAUGAUCGGCCCUGAGCCAUCAACCUUCAAAGGUGUUAGUGAGCGCAUUGACGGUGUUAUUGAGGAAAUUGACGCAAAACUAAGCCGAGUCCGAGUGUUCUAGAUUCUUUCCUAUUUGAAAUAGACAAAAUUACAUUUGCAUUGUAAAUGAGAUGUGUACAGUAUAUGAUUACAUAGAUGACUUUGUCUUUUGUAAUGAUGAUAAUAAUUUUGUUCUUUUAUCCUUGCCUAAUGAAUAACAAAAUUACUUUUAUAAAGUAUUUGGGAAAAAUAUAAAGCUUUAUCCGAGACUUUUAUUAUCUACUUACGUGAUGAUCCCCCAUCUUGGGGAAGAAGAUAGUAAUUGCUUAACUAAUAAUUUGUACUUUCUGCUGCAAAGGAACCGAUCAUUACUUGACAUUGUUUAUGGUUUACUGUAUGUGUAGACAGGAAAAAGAUUUCUAUUGUUAUUAAAUAUGAUGUUUUUUAUCUUUAAUAUAAGUUCCAAUUUUUACAUCUAAUAUAUUCAAUAUUUUAUGAACAGAUUGUAACGCUUUAUAACCACACUUCAUGACAGUGCAUUACUCUGAUUUGUUUGUUAUUUUAAGUACUUUUAUACUUUCCUUUAACCAGCACUGAAUUGAUGCUUUAAAGAAUGAAGUUUGUGUGACAGGAAUAGCACUUUAAGUGACUUGUCAACUACUGUACUGUACGCUUUAAUAAUGUGAUGUUUGGUAACUUAUUGUAUGAGGAAGAUAUAUGGUUUGGAUUAAUAUAUUUCCAGCGAAAGGUUAAUUUUGCCUUUGCUUUUGUUAUGCAGAAAACUUUAAGGGAAAAAUGGCUUUGUGAAUAGAAUUUUGGUAUGAAGAAUGAAUGAAUAAUCUUGUUUAUAUAUUUGCUUUUGUAUUCUUGAUAGAGGUAGAUGAUGACAUUUUGUAUACUUUCUGUAUGGGUAGAUUAUACACUAAAUUAAACUUUCAUCUUUUA